AUGAGUAUAAGCAAAGAAUCAUCCAACACCAUGAUUGACAUUGAGAGGAAGGCUGGAGAAGGGAAGGAAGGUGAAGAUGUAUCUAAAUGGAGCAAGAAUGAAAGGUUCCUUUUUCCAUUAACGUUUAUCCUAAUUGGUCUCGGUUCAUUAAAUGUAUGGAACACAGCUUUGGGCUUAAAUAUAAAUUUUAAAUACAACACAUUUCAAAUAACCGGUUUAGUAUGUUCCUCCAUAAUAGCCCUAUUCAUAAAGGUGCCAAAGAUAUUAUUGCCGUUCACUUUAGGAGGGUUAGCAGCAUUGUGUGCAGGGUUCCAAGUAGCUCAUCAAUUCUUUACCGCCGAGCAAUUUGAUACCUAUUGCCUAAUGGCCUUCAUAAUUAUUGGAAUAAUGGCAGGAUUGACCCAAACCAUUGCAUUCAGUGUUGGAACAACGAUGAAAGAAAAUAUGGGUGGGUACAUCUCAGCAGGCUUCGGUAUUUCGGGAGUCUUUAUAUUUAUAAUAAAUUUGUUACUAGAUCAAAUUGUGCCGAACACCAAGAAGUAUGGAGUAAAUGAAGCCAAGUUGUUGUAUCUGUUCAUCAUUUGUGAAGUUUGUCUGCUCUUGGCCAUCAUAUUUAGUGUAUGUAACUUAGAGCUAUCUUCUAGCAAGGCAUCCAAAGAGGAAGAAUACAAUGACAAGGAAGCAGGACUCUCCUACUGGGAAUUAAUUAAAGACAGUUACAAAGCCAUCUUAGCCAUGUUCCUAGUGAAUUGGCUCUCUCUACAACUAUUUCCAGGUGUAGGACACAAGAAAUGGCAACAAAGUCACAACAUUUCAGAUAAUAAGGUUACGUUAAUUGUGGGAAUGUUUCAAGUGUUCGAUUUUAUCAGUCGAUAUCCUCCAAAUUUGAGCCAUAUGAAAAUUUUUAAAUGCUUUACCUUUUCCCUUAACAAAUUACUUGUCCUUAACUUCCUUCGUCUUCUUUUUAUUCCUUGGUUUAUUAUCAAUGCCGCCUGUGAACAUCCCUUCUUCAACAACAUUGUUCAGCAGUGUAUUUGUAUGGCCAUGCUCGCCUUCACCAAUGGAUGGUUCAAUACUGUGCCCUUUUUGGUCUUCGUCCAAGAACUUAAGAAAGCCAAGAAGAAGAAAGACAUCGAAACCAUUGCAACCUUACUUGUCGUUGCUAUGUUUGUUGGAUUGUUUAUGGGAAUUUGGACCACCUACAUUUAUGAUUUAUUCCCCAUUGUUAUCGAGAGACCAGUAGUACCAUAA